AUGGAUCUCAAGCACAUUGCAAUCCUCGGUCCGGGAGGAAAUGUCGGAAACGCCAUCAUAACCGAACUCCUCAAAGACAAACCGCGCUUCACCAUAACAGGCAUCACGCGCUCAACAUCAACCUACAACCCACCUCCUACCAUCACCCACCGCACUGUCGACUACACAUCUUUCUCCUCUCUCCAAACCGCAUUCGAGAACCAAGACGCGGUCGUAAACUGCAUCACAGGCGGAGCCACGCAUUACGAGCCAUCCAAACUCAUCAUCGACGCCGCGAUCGCUGCAGGCGUCAAGCUCUUCUUCGCCAACGAAUUCGUCGGAGAGAUCACCCGGGCGGCGUUUAGAAGGUUACCGGAAGCUUUCGUUGGCGGUAAAUGUAGGAUCAGAGAGUAUCUGGAGGGAUUGGGGAGGGAGGGGAAGAUAGCGUGGACGAGUUUGAACGGUGGGCCGUUCUUCGAUAUGUACAUACCCAACCGCCACGCCCGCAUCUACGGCUCCGGUAACCAACCCUUACACUGGACACCCCUACCCACAAUGGGCUUCGCAGCAGGAAACAUGCUCCGCAACCCCGACCCCAUCCGCAACCGCCCCGUCCUCCUCGAUCCCAUUUCCCCUUCCUCUACCGUCACGCAAAACACGUUGUUGCGCACCCUUGAAAAGGCUCUCGAUACCACCUUCACCAUCUCACACGUCGAUGUGGAUAAGAUCCACCGAAACGCUUUGAUCGUGUUGGAGAAGUGGAAGGAAGGCGGUGAGCAGGAGGAAGGGAAAGCGCAGAUGGGUAAAGCGAUGAAGGGGUUGGGCGUGUGUAACCAGUUUCAUGAGGGCGAUGAUGAAGGUCAUGCGGAGGACUUGGAGAAGACUGUUCAGAAUGAGCUUGUUAGUGUGGAAACCAUGCAGUUGGAAGAUGCAGUGAGGGAGGCGCUGGAGCGAUAUGGGGAGAACUGUCAGGUUGUUCAGGGUAUGUACAAUGUGGAAGCUUGUGAACUUUAG